UCAAUCUCUCAGAGCAAGCGUAACCAGAACAGGCUGACUACAGAGGAGCAACUCCAUCUACCAUUUGGCAGACUUUCACAGGAGUUCAGACAUGAUGACUCUGAUUCUCAUUGCUACACUGCUGUUCUCAGGUGUGUGCAGUCUGUCCUCCUCUGUGCCACGUCAGUUCUAUAAGGUGAAGAAAGAGAAGAACUGGACAGAAGCUCAGCAGUACUGCAGGGAAAAGUUCACUGACCUGGCCACCAUAGACAACACAACAGAGAAUGAGAAGGUGAAGAGCAUUAUCGGUGCUGGUGUUGAUCUGGCUUGGAUUGGACUGAAGCAGAGGAGCAGUCCCAAGUGGCAGUGGUCUCUGGCUGCCAGGGAUUUACACAGAGAGAAUGAAACAGAGUUCACCAACUGGAGAUCGGGAGAACCCAAUGGAGUUGAAGACAAUUGUGUGACUCUCAUGUAUAGAAAAUGGAAUGAUGCACACUGCAGCCAUCCCUUCUUCUUCAUCUGCUAUGAUGAGCGAGACUCCACACAGCCCUAUGUGGAGGUUACUGUUCUGAAGAACUGGAUAGAUGCUCAGAAAUACUGCAGAGAGAAACACACAGACCUGGCCAGUGAGAGGAAUAAGGAAGAACAUGACCAGAUAGACAAAGUUAGAAAACAUGAACCGGUCUGGAUCGGCCUGUUCAGAGAACCCCGGGAGUGGUCAGAUGGCAGCACCACCUUCUGCUCAUUCUGCAACCCUUCUGCACCUAGUUCUGGUGGUGGUGUGGAGGGGCUGUGCGCUGCAAUAACACCCAGCAGUCAGUGGAAUUAUGAAAAAUGUAGCCGUCGUCUUAACUUCAUCUGCUACGAAGAGAAACUGGUUCUGGUCCAUGAGAAUAAGACCUGGAAAGAGGCGCUGCAGUACUGUCGAGAGCACCAUGUGGACCUGGUUUCUGUAACAUCUGAGCAGAUCCAGAGCUGGGUGAGCCAGCUGGUUAAACGGGCCUCCACUGCUCACGUGUGGCUGGGCCUGCUCCACUCCUACGGCGUGGGCUGGUACUGGGUCUAUGGGCAGACCGUCUGCUACAGCAACUGGGCCCAAGGGCAUGGGCAAGUGGAGUCCUUCAAAUACACAGUGGGGGCAGCAGAGUCUGGAUGGGGGAUGUGGGUCAGCAACCUGACUAAGACCGACAAACUCAACUUCAUCUGCACCAAUGAAGAGCAGUAGAACCGGAUCCCCAGUCCAAUGUUGGAGAAACUCCAGUCCAAUUGAUGCUUACCACUCAUACACUACGAGUACUAAUGACUUACACUUGUAGGAGUACUACUACUAAACUACUAAUUUC